AUGUCAGCAGGGCGCGGUAGACGUCGGGGACGCCCACGAGCCGUGAGUAAGCCCCACGAAGUCCAGGUAAACCACGAGUGCAAAAGACGACCCAAGUGGUCCCGCGCCCACCGCGAAGAGGCAGUUCUGAGCUGGCAGACGCGGCCGUUGCGAGUUGGUCCAGGAAGUGCAAGGAAGGUCGAAGAGCUCGAGAGCGCCCCACAGACGGAUGCAGCCGAGCUCAAGACCUCGAGGACGAAAGACGUUGAGCGAGGCAACGUGCUCGAGCCAAUAGUCGCUGGGCACGGACCGAGCAGAGACUCGUCCUGUGCUACGUUGAUGUCUAGUGUUUCUACUUCAUCAGUGCAAGCGUUCCCGAUGGAUCCCCGCGUUUCAGCUUCGAACGAUAGGAAUAUGAGCCAAGCUGAUUCCUCAAAGGCAAAGGACGCGACCGACGCGCCCGAGCGCUCGGUCUCAUCGCGGUUUGGUCGAAGCACCGGAUUUACUGUCAAUGCAUGCGGCCGCGGCGGCCAUACAGCAGCGACAAAUGAUGACCUUGAUUUGAAGACGAGCUCGCUGAAGGCAGCAACGGCCUAUUUGCGUGCCUACAACGCUCUCAUGAGCGAGGAUCCAUCCGCCGAUAGAGAAUGGCUCUCACGUUUCGCCGAGUCGCACUGGCCCUCGAGCUGUGAGGAACUCUGGAAAUGGCAACCAGUGAGCCUUUGCUUCAAAUCCUUGGACGCGACCGACCUCCAGAUCAUUCAGAUCCCAUUGGCUUCCUCAGAUAUGCAGAAUGCACUGCUCGCAAGCCCCGCCGAUGUACCGUAUCUUUGGAAAUGGCUCACGGAGGAUGCUCAUGAGCUUGUUCAAGCCACGGGGCAUGCGAGACGAAUUUUGAAUGAGCCCAAGAUGCCAGCUGCGUCGGCCACAGAGACGCUUCAGCUCUUGGGGACGACGACACGUGCGAAACACGAUCACCGUCGGGGUAUCGUUUGUGAAACUUGCCUCCUCCAGAGCCGACUCCGAGCACAGCAGUCUCGCCUGAACCUUCGGCUCCAUGCGGAGCAAGAUAGCCGCCCUGACGAGCCGGCACCAAACAUGCGAUUCCGGUUGGAGACAGCUCGCUGCAGUGGCGGCGGCAAUGCGAGUGGCGGCAGUGUGGGCUAUGAAGCCACUGAGUCGUGGCUCGGUUCGGAACGCUCUGGAAGCGCCUUCACCCAUGCGGUCUUUUUCAACGCGCAUGCACUCUUUCCACGAAGUAAGCAGGUUAGCAUAACUGAAAUGGCGGGUACUGAACUGAAGCAGGCAAGAGACAACCACCCAGUCGAGGUCGCUGAAAGGUCAUGCGACGUAUGCAUGUCGGACGAAUAUUCGCCGGAGAACCGACUGUGGCGUUGCAAUGGUUGUGGAACGGUCGUGCAUCAGAUGUGUUACGGAAUUCAAGCGGAUUCAGUGACCCAAAACGACACCGUGGAUUUCAAUUGGCUAUGUCGGCCAUGUCAGCAAACGUACAUGAACGCACCCUCGCGCCGAGCAGCAUCGAUUCUUCGCAGAAGCAUCCGCUGCUCGCUCUGCGGUGCCGCUGCGGGCGCCCUCAAGCCGGGCCUGAAUGGCGAAUGGGCCCAUAUUUUCUGUGCGCUUUGCGCUCCGGAUACAACUAUUGGCGAAAUACGCGAAAUGGAACCUAUUCUCGGCCUUGACGAGAUUCCGGUGCAGCGGCGGCAUCUCCGUUGCGUCAUUUGUCACAAAUCAACGGGUUGUGGUGGCGUUGUUCGCUGCCACUGGCUGCACUGCAGCGCAGCCUUUCAUGCGAGUUGUGGGCGACGAGCCGGGUAUCUGUUUCUCAUCGGUGAACGCGAGUCUUUACGAAAACUUCUGCAAAAGACGGAACUAGUGCAGGUUGUGGACAGGCAUGUCCUGGAGAAGCGCGGCUCCAUCGUAGCCGUUUGUCUGUGUCGUGAACAUACGCAAAGCGCUCUACACCGAAUUUCUGCUUCCGCCCAGCGCACGAAUGUUGCGGAAGAAGUCGUCCACCGCGCCGUGAAAGAUGCUCAGCACUCCAGUUCGCGGGAAUCGACAUACUGGGAAGCGAGCCCGUCACUGAAGAAACUACGAGAGUUGCAUCGGCGCAACGAAUUGCGUGCCUACUUGCGCUUGCUUCGUAUGCGGACCAUGGCUGGUCUGGAAACUUUCGAGAAAGCAAAGCAGCGCAUGAGGCACAUUCACAGCAACGGUUUCUCGUGCCAGGCAUGUCUUUGCAAAAGUAUGAGCCGCAAACUCUACGAUGCGCUCUGUCGUUUCAACCGCGUUGCGGCCACCUUCGAGACAAGUCGUGGCGCCGUUGGAAGAGGUAUUCGUGGGUUGUCUGCGUUUGAGAGGCUCGCCGCCGUCAUAAGCAGCGUUGAAGAAAUGCUCUCGCAACAGAACAUGCUACACAGUAUGGAGAAACCGGAUGCAGUCACCGGGCAAUCGAUACCGUCGUCGCCCCAAGGAGGCGCUCCACCAGGUACUGUCAGCCAGGACGCGCUCAGUGCGACGGAUACCUUGAACUGGCUGAGCAGCCACGCUCGCUGGGAGCAACUGGACGACCCCACAAGCAGCAGCUGGGUCCAUGGCGAAGACGAUCACGCCGAUGACGAGUCUCCGGAACUGGCAGGAGCUCCACGGAAGCGCAUGCGGAAGCAACCACCGAAUGCGGAUAGCACGUUAUCCGCACUUCACUUUCGGCUGGUGCUCGACCAGAGUGGCUUGGCGAUUGAGGGCGCCUAUCGUUGGCAGAAACAAAACCUUUCUGGUGCCCCUGAAACACCGUCUUCAGCACAGAACGAUCUCGUGCUGCUCGGGUACCGCUUGGUGCCGCCUGCAUCGCCUGCUGGCGCGGCGACUUUCCUGGCUCCCGAUGCCACCCCAGGAACAUUCGGUUCGUCUCCAGCGUCGUCGUCGUCGUCGUCAUCAUCAUCAUCAUCAUCGUCGUCGUCAUUGGAAUGCCUGCUGCGCGCCAAAUGGGAAGCAUUGCAACGCGUGAACGCAGAGAAUCACGCGUAUCGGCUUUUGUUACUGGAGCGCUCCAAGACAGAUCAGGCCGAGCGCGCGCAACUUGCCGCCUCCGAACGUGAACUCGAAGCGCACAUCCAGCGUUUGAACCAAAUCAGUGGAAUCCGGCGUUACGGUAGCGUGAUGGACUCCACAAGCAUCCGAGUGCGUGGCUUGAAGCGCGAAGCUCCUGCGGUUGCCGCCUCUGCACCAGCUCCACCGGCAAUUCGCCAUGGCGGUCUCGCGAAUCUGGACUCGUGUCCACCACAAACGCUUGCCGAAGUCGAAGCAGACCUCGCCUUGCAUCAGCUGGAACGUGCUCGCGCGAUAGCACCGCAUCGGCGUCUCAUGGACAGUCUAUCCGGUGCAACUGAAGCUACCGUCAGUUUGCCGAGCGAUGCACGAAUGCUUCUUGCUAUGAAUGCGCGUUGCGAUGUCUGUGGAGACGGUGACUGCGAUGGAAAGGAAAACGAUAUUAUCCUCUGUGAUCGAUGCGGUGUUGGUGUCCACCAGCAAUGCUAUGGUGUCACCGAAAUCCCCGCAGGCGACUGGUUUUGUGACGCCUGCCAGGUGCUGCUCCACCUUGAGGCUAACGCACCCGUCCUGCCGUAA